UCAGAGAAAAAAAAAAAAAAAAAGAAUGAAUGAUAAUUGAUACCCAGCGCCAUGGCGGCUGGUGGCAUGCCUUUGUCUUUGUCUUACUUCUUCUAGGCGGUUUGACUGAGUGGAAUCAGUUCUUUUAUUCAUCAAAACUCCAAGACUUUUACCAAAGCUAUGGCAAUGUCCAAUCUCUCCGCUGCCCAAACUCCACUUUUGGAUGACACUGUUGACGGCUGCCUUGACUACAAAGGCCGCCGUGUCCGCCGAUCCAACUCCGGCGGUUGGAGAUCCGCUUCUUUCAUCAUAGCCGUAGAGAUUGCUGAGAGGUUUUCUUAUUACGGGAUCGGUUCAAACCUCAUAACUUACUUGACGGGGCCUCUGGGCGAGUCCACUGCCACCGCCGCUGCACAAGUUAACGCCUGGUCCGGGGCGGCCUCGCUUCUGCCACUCUUGGGUGCAUUCAUUGCUGAUUCUUUUCUUGGCCGAUACAGCACUAUCAUUCUUGCUUCCCUUGUUUACAUUUUGGGGCUUGGCUUGUUGACUCUGUCAGCCACUUUUCCUUCUGUCAGCACUUCUGGUGGCCAAAAUGCAGAUAAUAUCACUUUAAAUUCUUCACUUCGGUUUCAAGUGAUACUAUUCUUCUUCUCACUGUAUCUAGUGGCAUUUGCACAAGGUGGACACAAACCAUGCGUUCAAGCUUUUGGUGCAGAUCAAUUUGAUACAGAAGACCCAGAGGAGUGCAAAGCCAAGAGUUCGUUCUUUAAUUGGUGGUACUUUGGUAUGUGUGGGGGUACCUUAACUACCCUUUCGAUUUUAAACUACAUCCAAGAUAAUCUUAGUUGGGUUCUUGGAUUUGCAAUACCCGGUAUUGUGAUGGCUGCUGGACUGGUAGUUUUUGUGCUUGGAACGACAACUUACCGGUAUAGUGUCAAAGGGGAUGAAGAAAGCCCAUUUGUGAGAAUUGGUAGAGUGUUCAUUUUGGCAGUUAGGAAUUGGAAAACAUCAUCUUCAGCAAUUGCUGCAGAAGAAGAAGCCCGAGGAACUCUUCCAUCUGAAAGCUCCAAGCAAUUCAAAUUCCUCAACAAAGCCUUGCUUGCUCCAGAUGGUUCAAAGGAGCAGGGAAAGGUGUGUAGCAUCAGAGAGCUUGAAGAAGCAAAGGCUGUUAUAAGGCUUGCACCAAUAUGGGCUACAAGUUUGAUUUAUGCAGUUGUCUUUGCACAAUCAUCGACUUUCUUUACUAAGCAAGGAGCUACCAUGGACAGAUCAAUUACAAAAGGGUUUGAAAUACCUGCUUCUUCUCUUCAGUCAUUCAUUAGCCUUUCAGUUGUUCUCUUCAUUCCUAUAUAUGACCGCAUUUUUGUUCCUUUAGCAAGAGCCUUGACUGGGAAACCAGCUGGAAUUACAAUGCUUCAAAGAAUUGGAACGGGAAUGGUUCUAUCUGCUACAUCAAUGGUAAUAGCUGCUUUAGUAGAGAUGCAGAGGCUUAAAACUGCUCAAGAAUAUGGAUUGGUAGACAAACCAAAUGUCAAGGUUCCAAUGAGCGUGUGGUGGCUGGUCCCUCAAUACGUACUGUUUGGAUUAUCUGAUGUGUUCACCAUGGUUGGUCUUCAAGAAUUCUUUUAUGAUCAGGUGCCAAAUGAAUUAAGGAGUGUGGGUCUUGCACUCUACCUUAGCAUCUUUGGUGUUGGAAGCUUCAUAAGUAGCUUUCUCAUCUCUGCCAUUGAGAAUGUGACUAGUGGGGAUGGCCGAGAUAGCUGGUUUGCAAAUAAUCUGAAUAGGGCACAUCUUGAUUACUUUUAUUGGCUGCUUGCUGCACUUAGUGCCAUGGCAUUGUUUCUCUAUUUAUAUUCUACAAAAUCUUACAUUUAUGCUAGGGGAAGGAGGUUCUAAUUUCUUAAAACGUAAUCGGUGUUCUAGGCAUCACCAUGACAUCGAUGUGUAACAAUGUCCACAAGAACAUGCAUUUUAUAUUGACAUUAGUCUUGCAUUAUUGAAAAAAAAAAAAACCC